AAUUUUGUAAAAAUAUUGUUACAGUUAUUCUAGCUGAAGCGAUACCUCAACUGGGUUUGUUCAUAUCAUUAGUCGGUGCAGUUAGUAGUACUGCUCUAGCAUUGAUAUUCCCACCAAUCAUUGAAAUGGUUGUAUGCUGGCAAAAUGCAUCCUUGGGCAUCUGUACAAUAUCGAAAGAUAUCCUGAUAGUUUUGAUCGGUCUCCUUGGUUUCAUUACUGGGACGUAUGAAAGUAUAACUUCAAUCAUUAAAGCGUUUAGUACGUAAUAAUUAGAUUAGUUUGUUGUAUAAAUUGUUAUUAGUUUUUUAAAUGUACGUAUAUAUAUAUAUAUAUAUAUAUAUAGAUACAUAUACAUUCUACAAUACUAGAUAAUAGAUCAUGACAUUUACAUUGAAAUUCUCUAGAUUAUUGUUAAUAAUAAUAUUAUUUAU